AUGGUUGAUAAAAAAGGACAGAUGGAAAUUAUGGAAGCACACAAAAAAGAUUUAACGAAUAUUGAUUUUAAUAACGAUUGGAAAUGUUAUUGUCAACUUGCGAGUGAAGAAAUCGAUCAAGAAAGUAUGGUUGCAGUUGUACAUAAUAUAGUUACAGAUCCCUGUUGGUCCUCAAUAAAUUUACCACAUAUUAAGAAAUUUGAAGAAAUAAAUUUACACAAAUGGUGGUAUUAUAAAAAAUUCGAUUGGAUAUCUAUCGACAAUCAAAUACAACAACAAAUUCAACUUGUUUUUGGACCUAAUAAUAAUCUAAAUGACAGAUCUGUUUCAACGAAUAUUACUGUCGUCAUAUGGCUCAAUAAUACAAAAAUAUUUUCUGGUUUAUUUAUGUCAUUAACCAAUCCUAUUGAAUUACCUUCAAAAUUAUUACAUAAUGAAAAUAUCCUGGUGAUUUGCUGUUCAAAUUCUAUUCUUUCUCUUCAUGCUCGUCUUAUUUUACAUGGUAAAAUAAUUUGUGCAACAGGACAAAUAAAUGUAAAUGAAGAAUUUGUAAACAAAAAUAAAACUCAAGAACAAAAUAAAAAUGAAGUUUUGGAUUAUACAAUUAGUCUUGAUGAUACUAAUGGACGUAUUGAUGUUUUAUUUAAAUCCACAAGAAAAUACAAAGCAUCUUUAAAACCAAUUCCAUCAUCACCAAAAUUUGUUUCAUAUGAUCAAAAUGAAAAAAAUAUAGAAGAACUAAAAAGUGAUCUUCUUAUACCUCGUUUAGCUAUUGUAAUACUCCUCGUUGGUACAAGAGGAGAUGUGCAACCCUUUAUUGCUCUCGGUCAAGCACUUCGAGCAUAUGGUCAUCGUGUUCGAUUAGCAACACAUGAAACAUUUCGAUCAUUUGUUCGUGGUAAUGGUCUUGAAUUUUAUCCAUUAGCUGGUGAUCCAGCUGAUUUAAUUUCAUUUAUGGUUAAAAAUGCUGGUAUUAUUCCGUCAAUGAGUAGUAUUAUCGCAGGAGAUGUUGGCAAAAAACGUCGAUCUCUAGCUGAUAUUCUUGCUUCUACAUGGCAAGCAUGCAUAGCAAAUGAUGAUGAAACAGAUAUGCCAUUUACAGCUGAAGCUAUUAUUGCUAAUCCACCAUCAUUUGGUCAUAUUCAUUGUGCAGAAAAAUUACAAAUUCCUUUACAUAUCAUGUUUACUAUGCCUUGGACAACAACAGCAGCAUUUCCACAUCCAUGUUCGAACAUUGAUAAUUCAACAGGAUCAAGAAAAGUAAUUAAUCGAUAUUCGUACGAUCUUAUUGAUACGCUGACAUGGACUGGUUUGCGGGAUAUAAUUAAUAAUUUUCGUAAGAAAACAUUAGGUCUUUCAACUUUAAAUACUAGUCAAGCAAUAAAUAUGUUAAAUGAUGAACGUGUACCACAUACUUAUUGUUGGUCACCAUCACUUGUUUCUAAACCUGAUGAUUGGGGAGCACACAUCAAUGUUUCUGGCUUUUUCUUUUUGGAUCUUGGUACUGCUUAUACGAAUCCACCUCAGGAUUUACUCGAUUUUCUUCAGCUCAAUGAUAACAAAUCAAAAUUAUCACCGCCAAUUUAUAUCGGUUUUGGUUCUAUUGCAGGACAUGAUUCUCGUCGUAUUCUUAAAGUUAUUAUUGAUGCUGUUAAUUUGACUGGAUACCGAGUAUUAUUAUCCGGUCUUGCUACUGAUACAGAUCAUCUACCUUCGAAUAUAUUUAAAAUUGGAAAUGUACCACAUGAUUGGCUUUUUCAACAUGUAUCAGCUGUAUGUCAUCAUGGCGGCGCAGGUACAACUGCUGCCGGUCUACGUGCUGGUAAACCAACAAUUAUUGUACCAUUUUUUGGCGAUCAAUUUUUUUGGGGUACUGUCAUUGCUAAGUGUGGCGCUGGUCCUCAACCAGUUCCAGGAAAGUCAAUUACUACAGAUCAACUAAUUCAAGCAUUUCAUUUUGUUCAUAAACCAACGACAUGCGUAGCUGCUGAAAGUCUUCGUGAUUCUAUUCUGAAAGAAGACGGAUGUGCGGCAGCAGUACGUGCAUUUCAUUCUAAUCUACCCUUGACACGUAUGCACAGUGAUUUGGAACCAACAUUUGCUGCCUGUUAUCGUUCAGAUAAAUAUAACAUACAGAUAUCACGACCAGUAGCACAAGUAUUAGUAUCAUCAAAUAUUCUAGAAGAAAGUCAACUUCGUCCACAUGUUACACGAGAAUGGCAUGUCAAACAUGAUAAUCAUACGCAUAUAAUCAUGCAUGGUUUAUGGGAACAUUCUCAUAAAGCUAUUUCUACAAUGUUUGUUGAUACUACAACAGAAUUGAAGCGAACAAGUAGCAUUCAAAACAUAAACAAGAGAACAACACUUGGAGGUGCAGGAACUGUUGCUAAAGGUGUUGGCUUAGGUAUAGGUCAUUUAACAGUUGGAUCCUUAGCAUUAUAUGGUGAAUUAACCGAUAUACUUGAUCAUCUACCUUAUUUAUAUGAUCCUUAUAGUAGUAAUUCAAAAUCACGCUCACGACCGAUUAUAAUUGAUUUUAAAUCAGGUGCGAAGGCAGCUGGUUUAACCUUAUGGACUGGUUGGAAAGAGGGUAUUACGGGCAUGAUAACACAUCCAUGCGCUGGUUAUAAACGACAUGGUAUACUUGGUGGUGCAGCAGGAUCAGUAAUAGCUUCAGUGAAUAUUUGGAUGAAACCUGGUCUUAGUACUCUUUCAUCUAUUACUUGGUUAAGUCGAGGUGUUUAUGCUAAUGCAACAAAUGUUUUAGAUAAUUAUAAAAAGGAAGGUAGACGUCUAUCACCUAACCUUUACAAUGCCACUUCGUCGUUAUCAACUGCAAAUAAUGAAGAAAUACAGAAUGCAAAUGAUAAAGAAGUUUCUUUAAUUGCCAAAACUGCCGCAAACAUUUCAGGCUUUGAUCCAAAAAUAUGUCAGAAUAUUAUUGAUGAAUUUGAAAAAAUCAAAGCAGAACACGAACAACAUCUGAAUUCUUUACGGAGAAAAAAGAAAAAUCCAAUAUCGUUUCCUCGUACCAUUAAAAAUAAACGAUCUUCGUCAGUGGAUAAUCGUAUCGAUUUGUCACGAAAAGUCAAAUAUUGA